UUCUCCGUGGGCGGAGCUCCCCAUAGGCUGCUGGAGAGGGGCGGUGGCGGAGGCGGAGGCGACAGCAGCUGAGGCUGCAUCCCCGGCCCGGCCAGGGAACGGGUGACCGAAGGCGGGCCGGGGCGCUUCAAGCCUCGCGUCCCCCUGCCCGGCAGCUCGGGCUCCCCUGGGUCGGCGGGCCCGCGCCGGCCCGGGCCCAUGGCGGCGUCGGCGGCUCUGUCGGCGGCGGCGGCCGCGGCGGCCCUGUCGGGCCUGGCGGUGCGGCUGUCGCGCUCGGCGGCGGCCCGCGGCUCGUAUGGCGCCUUCUGCAAGGGGCUCACGCGCACUCUGAUCACCUUCUUCGACCUGGCCUGGCGGCUGCGCAUGAACUUCCCUUACUUCUACGUGGUGGCCUCGGUGAUGCUCAACGUCCGCCUGCAGGUGCGGAUCGAGUGA